AUGAGCAAAGGCAACCAUGCUACCCCCAGAAGCAGGAGUUCCUUUCUUGUCAGGCACACACAUCAUCCUACGAGAGUCUGCCACAUCAAAGGCUUGAAUAACAUUCCAAUCUGUACUGUGAAAGAUGAUGAGAUUGCACUCAGAACCUUACAGAGAGGCGGCCAGCUCUGCCACCUGGAGAAGAAUGAUGCCACAGCUGCCAAAGGCAGCUACCUGCCCAGCCCUGCAGCCCUAGAGAGCCCUGUCCGAGGAGUGUCUCCAGCCCCAAACAGUGUCAAGAUUCCACCACGGCCACAUUCUGAGCCCAGUAGAAAAGUCAUUGAGUGCUAAACUUCAAGUGACAAUCCUUUUGUAAUAAAAAAGGAAGAGUAUAAGACCAAGAAGCUGCCAUCACCUCCAAAGGCAAGCUCUGCAGCUGGCUCCUCCUCUUCAGAGGAGAGCCUACCUAGGCCUCAUGUCAAAGAGAAAACCGUAUGCAUACCAAACUACCUGGAACAGGAAAUAAAAAUCCUGGCGAAGCUCUGUGACAUUUUACACACCGAUUCUCUGGCAGAAGUUCUACAGUGGCUGCUUCAUGCAAAUACAAAAGGUGAGAUUAAGAUAAAUACCUCUAAGUACUGA